AUGUAUAACAAAUAUCAAGUAGGAUCAAAGACACAAAUCUCACGCCUUGAAUCUGUAGUGCAUGAUGCUGAGGGAACCAGGAUCCAAGUAUCAGUGCCGAACAAAAUUGUUGGUAUGUUUGCAAGGAAAGUCAAAGAAGGUGAAGUCUAUCAGAUCAAGAACUUUAUGGUGAAGAGGAAUGUUGGAAAGUUCAGGGUAACUAAUCAUAUUUUCAAGAUUGAGCUCACAAUGAAAACCAUGAUCUCAGAUCUUAUGCAGCCUACUUUUCCAAAAGCUAUCUUCUCAUUUAAGCCAUUUGAGGAGAUAAAAGCUAUGCAGACUGCUGCUGAAGAGCCUCUAUUUGAUGUGAUUGGGGUUAUAGUUGGAAAAGGAUUUGUCAAGAAUGACACAGAUGCUAAAAUGGUUGAGCUGAAGCUGGAAGAUGAGAACUGCAACCAAAUUUAUUGCACUCUAUGGGAAGAUUAUGUGGACAUGUUCCUGAAUCUGGUGGAUGAGGGUGAGAUGCGUGUUUGUUCUUCAAAUAAUGCAUCGAAAGUGUAUCUUCAUGCUGACAUUGAGGAGAUUGAAAGUUUCAGAAAGAAGUCCUGA